AUGGCGCUUCCUGAUGGUGCCAACGGCGGCGCUAGGCCAUCUUUUGGGCACCAAUCCUUCUCAGACGGCCCUUCCGUAUCCCCUGCCAACCUGCUCUCAGCCGACCUUGCACCAUCAUCCACGGAUGCACGUUCUGGCUCCUUUUCCGGCAGCUUCACAAACACAGACGCCAUCAGUCCGCUACCACAACACCCUGCCCCUCUAGCUGCUGCUGGUCUCUCCGACCCCUACUUGGGCAACGCCAAUGCCUCGGCAUCAGCGCCCACCACAGGUCCACUCUCCGCAUCCGACCCACGUACACAGCUACUCGUCUCCAACUUACCCUACCGUGUUCGAUGGCAGGACCUUAAAGAUCUUUUCCGCAAAGCCGGUACCGUUCUUCGUGCCGAUGUCUCCUUGAGCCCGGACAAUCGAAGUCGAGGCUACGGUACAGUGCUCAUGGCCACUGAACAAGAUGCUGUCAAGGCUGCCGACAUGCUCGGAGGCUUCACAUGGCAGGGCAGGACGCUCGAUGUGCGCGUCGACCGCAGUGGGACACUGGUUGGCGUGGCUGGAAGUGCCGUCCUACCGACGAUCGCUUCUAAUGGCUCUGGAAGUGCAGCGACGCCCUCCCCGAGCGCUUUCGGAAACGGUUCACUGGCUCCAUCUGCCAAUGCUUUCGCCUUCGAUCCAACUGCAGGAGCUCAGCCGUUCCUCGGCCUCCCGGCCGCAAGCUUCAGCGGCAGUCAAGCUCGUUCGCCUGGCUCCCUAUCUGGUGCGGCUUCCCCCUCUCCGCUUUCUCCCCUGGCUCGCGCAGUAGACUACUCGCAAUCGGCAUCGACUCGCGCAUCCUUCUCCGCUCAUCCGGAUGCAGGUCUGGCUGGUGGCAGCGGCAGCCAUGGUUCCGAGUUAGAGCGAGCUAUCCUGCAAGGUCAAAGCCUGUCCGGCACGUCUGGUUCCGGCUCUGGCAGUGGGACGCCCAGUCGCCAACGCCCUGCGUCUAACUUUGACGCUACUGGCUUUGGCGGGCAAGCGCAACAUCGCGCCGUCUCUGCUGUUCAGUCGCUCGCUUCGAGCUCUGUUGGCUCUCGACGAGGUUCCGACGUUGGCAGCGUCACCGGCAGCAGCUCUCCUUUGCCCGGCAUCUGGGGCUCUAGCGUCAACGACGCGGCGGCCGGCAUGUACUCGGCAAAUGCAGGCGGAUCGUCCGUGCCUACGGGAUUUCCAGGUGCUCCUGCUAUGGCGCCGUGGCCUGCGGGACCAGGCUCGUUUGGAGGACAAGUCACAGCCUCGAUGCAGUCUCAGCCGUUCUCUUCCCAGAUGCCGACCACCUCGUACGCCGGCAGGGUGCUCUUUGUCGGCAAUCUGCCUUUCCACUGCCAGUGGCAAGACCUCAAGGAUCUGUUCCGCGCGGCAGGCAACAUUCAGCGAGCCGACGUUGCGAUCGGACCCGACGGCCGUAGUCGAGGCUUUGGCACCGUUUUGUUUGCAACGCAGGAAGAUGCUCAGAACGCUGUACGCCUCUACCACGGCUACGAGUACAGCGGGCGUACGCUCAAGGUGCACUUCGAUCGCUUCGCAGCGCAGAACGGACCUGCCGUUGGCACGCCCGGCAAUCCCGCCCAGUACACGGGCGCAUUUGCCGCUGCGGCGCUGCCCUCUCAUAUGACCAAUAAUGCGAGAGCACCUCCCGUCGCUCCUCCGAUGCAGCACCAAGCCUUGCAUGGCGGGUUUGGCCAACAGCAAUAUCCGCAUCAGUCGAUGCAACAGCAACAGCAGAGGAAUAAUGGACUCGGGUCUUUUGGCAUGGCGCAGCAGCAGGGACAAGCUUCCUUUGGUCAGACGGCAUUCCAACACCAAUAUCCGGCAUCGCAACAGUUUUCGCCUCUGUACCAGCAGUCUUCCCUACAGCAACAGUAUCAGCAGCAACAGCAGCAGCAGCAACAACAACAACAACAACAACAGAGAUUCGGACAGCUGUCACAGCAGCAGCCAAAUCAGAUGACAUCAAGCUUUUCCGCCUUUGGCGAUAUCGGCAGAUCGAUACAGGCACAUUCUUCACACCAGCCUGCCUCUGGCUUCGGCAGCAGCUUGGACGAUGCUGGGCGCCAACAAGGCCAAGAGGGUGCGAGCGCAAGUCGUUCCGAUCAUCGGGGCUCGUCGGCCAAGCCGUUUGGCAUGUUUGCCGAGUCGGACGAUGGAGGAGAAGCGAUGGUGUCAUCGUCUUCUCGCAGCGCCGACAACGGUUUCGAGGGGAUGUCGAUCACGUUGCCUGCCAAUGAAUUUGGUGCUGCCUCGUCGUACCUCCCUUCGGACCUCAUGUCUCCCGGCCUGGUUACGCCAGCCGCACCCCCUCAGCAGUCGAUCAAUGCGCAUCCAGGUCGGAUUCAGCUGCCCUCAGCCAAUUUUGCCAACAGCUUCGGCGGCGCGCUGGCAGGAGCACCAGCAGACACGAUGAGUCCCAUGACGGCACGCAUGCAGGUGCCCAUGACUCCAGGGAUGCCAGGAUUUUCCUUUCACCAAAUGCCGCAGACGCCUCCGCUGUACCCGCAGUUCCUCAGUCCAGGCUUGGACCCGUUCAGUCCCACAGUCGGCGGCAGCUCGCAAAUGGGCGGUCCCGAAGUGGCGGGUCAAGGUCAAAGUACAGGGGACUAUAUGAAUGCGGCUCCCGGUGUUCCAUACAAUGUUCCGGUGGCGCUGACGCCAGGUGCUCCCAUCGGGUACAAUCCAAUGUUUUCCGCGGCGGCAAGCUAUGGUCAGCAGCAGCCGGCUACGCCACACUGGUCCCAAAGUUCGGGGCCGCGCAGAGGCGGCGGCGGCGGCGGUGCCGGUGGUAGAGCACCUAUGCGUCAAUCUGUGGGUGGUGCUAUCAAUCCAGAGGCGGACGAGAUGGUCGAAGGCAAUCAAGCGGCAAUCGCCAAGACGCCCGGUGCGGGGCCUCGUCGGCCUUCGCAUGCAGAUGUGGCUGGUCAGAAACCGCGACGGGCCUCGGAUGCGACGCCGGAUGCGGCGGAGCCUUCGCAGACGGACGGAUAUCCGUUCCCCUUGGUUGCCGCAGGCGGUUUGUCGCACCUCACGCGACGGGCGUCGACGAAUUCUCCGGCGCAGACACCACUCGCUGGACCGGCGGGAUCCAGCGGCAACACCAACACGGAUUCGGCGCCUGUCAGUGUUCCGCCGAGCGAGCCGCUCACGGUCUCGAGCACCGAGGAGUUGGCGAACACGAUCGCCAGGCUGAGUGUUAAGGGCACUGCACUAGCGCGAGAGUCGAGUUCGCGACGCAGCCUGAGCAUGACGGCUGAGCGCAGUGCUGCUGCGUCGGCGAUGGCCAAGUUGAGGGAGAAGGCGGGGACGCCGACACCUCCUGGUCAAGACGAGGAAUCUGGGUCGGGUGCGUCGUUUGGAGAGGCGCAGCCGCCGCCCACGAAGUUGGGUUUGGCGGGGAGGGUCAGCUCGGGUGGCAGCAGUAGUAAGGGGACAGGUUCAAACAGGGCUAGUCCGCAUCCUGAGGUCGACGAAGAGGGGCAGGCGAAGCAGGAGCGGUUGUUUGGGCUGAAAGUGUCGAGUGGAGCGCUGGAAGCGGCAAGGAACGGGUCCGCUUUGGAGGUUGAGGAUGGCAGUGGCGGCAGUGAAGAAAAAGAGUAA